AUGACAGGCCAAUUCUCAGUGUCCGAUGUCCCAUCCGACGCAAUAUCUGCGCUGAGGUUUUCACCUCACCCGGACUCUCUUCGCUUCGUCGUCGCUUCGUGGGACAAGAACGUGUAUCUAUACGAGCUGGCCGAUGGCAAGGUGUGCACGCAGCUGGCCAAGUUUGAACAUCGGGCUCCUGUUCUAGAUAUAUGCUUUGGCAAAGACGACAAUGAGAUCUACACGGCGUGCUUAGACUGGGAUGUCCGCAGGAUCGACGUGGCCACGGGAACUCAGACGGUGCUGAGCACCCACGACAACGGCGUUCGAUCGGUCGUCUACAGUAAGGAGCAUUCGCUGGUUGUCUCGGCGGCCUGGGACUCGACCGUGCACAUCCACCCGGGCGGAGAGGCAGAAUGGUCGACCGCGACGAUAAACCUACCUUUCAAACCCUUUUCUCUCGCCGUUUCGCCGUCCAAACUGGUGGUCGCCAUGGCCAAUCGUGCGCUGCAUAUCUACGAACUAAAGGCGCUGGCCAGCGAGUGCAAGAGCUCUGCAAACUCGUUGCAAAACAGGCUGGACAUCGAGCCCUGGCAGCGGCGGGAAAGCAGUCUGAAGUUCAUGACAAGAGCAGUGGAUUGUAUGCCGAAUGACGAGGGCUACGCUUCGUCCAGCAUCGAGGGCCGCGUCGCUGUGGAAUGGUUUGACCCUUCGAACGAGUCCCAGGCACGCAAGUAUGCCUUCAAAUGUCAUCGCCAACCCGUGGAUGAUGUCGAUGUCGUCUACCCGGUGAAUGCGGUUACCUUCCAUCCAGUUCACGGAACGUUUGCGACAGGCGGUGGGGAUGGAGUGGUGGCUAUUUGGGACGCGAUCGCAAAGCGGAGGAUACGAAUCUACCCCAAGCUGGCGUCCAGUGUUGCGGCGAUUUCAUUCAGCUCAAACGGAAAAUACCUCGCAACAGCAAUCAGCCCAGGUUUCGAAGAUGGUAGUGAUCAGCUUGCAGAGGGCACGAUAGGGAUUUUCAUCCGUGAAUUGGCCGAGAACGAAGUCAAGAGGAAGACAAAAUGA